ACCAGCAAACAUUAAACCUAAGAAGAAGAGGUAGUAAAAGAAGUAAAAAGUGUUACCCUUGUUUAUUCUGAUCGUUUCUACAUUGUGGACAUUUAAUGCAAUGGCAGCGUUAAUGAAAGACAAAGAAGCUUAUCAAAGACUGAAUUUUCUCUAUCAGGCGGCUCACUGCGUUUUAUCUCAGAAUCCUGAAAACACGGAGCUGGCACGGUUCUACUGCUUCACACAGAAGACGAUAACGAAGCGUUUAGUCCUCAAACAAGAUCCGUCAGUGAAGAGAACGAUCUGUAAGAGGUGCUGCUCUCCGCUCAUCCCCGGUGUUACUGCGACAACAAGACAACGACGUAAUAAAAGAAAGACUCGUUUCACCGUGAUGAGAUGUCUGAGCUGUGGACAGAGUAAGACGUUACUGAAUGAUCCAGAAUAUAGUCUGUGGGUGGAUCGACCUGAAGCUCAGCUGGAGAAUCAGAAACAGACAGAUCAAGUCCCCAAAGACAAUAAGAAGAAUUUAAAAAACAAAAAGGGUGGACAGCUGCCACCUUCUCAGAGCUCUGCCUCCACACAGCAGCAGCAGGAGCUUCCUUCAACAUCUGGAAGCAAGCAAGACUGAUAUCCGUUUUUAUUUUUGGUUCAAAAAUGUGCAGCUUUAAUGUCAUAUUUAUGAUUUUGAUCUGAUGAAGGACUGUGAUAUUUAAAUGACAAGUGCUACAGAUGCACGCUCAUGUGUUUUUUUCCUUUAUUUGAGAAGUGAUGCUCAAAAAUAUUAGCACAUCAUCGUAUCGAUGAAGCCUACAUUUGUGGAAACAGUCAAACGGGAUUUUGUUUUCAGAGCUUUUUCCUCAAGAAUAAAAAUGAAAAAAAGUCUUUAAAAUGUG